AUGCAGCCAAAUGGCAUCAUCGGAAAUAAGUCUAGAAAUAAAAUUCUAGAGCUGCAGGUAGCUCUGAUACCUGUUUCAUUAGGAGAGACUUCCUGGUCCUCAGCUGUGGCAACAAGGAACAGGCUGAGUGAGGAGAAGCCUUACAUCUUGGUGUCUCCUCCAGACUUGAUGGCAGAGCAGUUCACUCUGAUGGUUGUGAAUGAAAAUGACACAGCUGACAAAUCAGAUGACUGGCAUAGCCUGGGGAUCCUCAAGGCAGGCAGACUGGAGAAGUUGGUGGAUCAUCUGGUACCGUGUGUAGUGUUCAAGGACCCCCUUUUUGUCCCUACCUUCCUGUGCACCUACCAACGUUUCACAACCACACAGCAGGUUCUGGACCUGCUGUUCACAAGGACCAUCUCCUCCAUCCUGAACACCUGUCUGAACCAAUACUUGGAGGACUUCUGUCAGCUUCCAGACUUUCUGUGCCUCAUGCUGCUGAUAGCUUAUCUUCAGCUCAACAUGUUGGGAUCAAAUGAGGAUUGCCAUGCUCAGCUUCUUCUGGCCCAGUGGGAACACUUAGAGUUCAGUGAGCCUGAAACUGAGAGUGAGCAGCCUGGGAAUGAGGAGAAGCAUCAUGUCUUGUUGGGAUUCCCACCUGAUUUAAUUGCAAAGUAGUUAACUCAGAUGGAUGCUGAACUAUUCAAGAAGGUGGUUCCCUACCACUGCCUGGGUUCCAUUUGGUCCUAGUGGGACAAGAAGGGCAAUGAGCAUCUUGCACCCACCAUUCAUGCCACCAUCAUCCAAUUCAACAAUGUGGCCACCUGUGUGAUGACCACUUGCCUUGGUGAUUGGAGUAUGAAGGCCCCAGACAGUUCCAGGGUGGUGGAACACUGGAUUGAGGUUGCUGGGGAGUGUGGCGUUCUGAACAAUUUCUCUUCCCUCUACGCCAUUCUCUCUGCUCUGCAGAACAUUGCCAUCUACUGCCUGAAGAGGACUUGGGAAGAAGUCUCCAGGGAAAGCUUCCAGAAAUUUGAGAAGCUGUCAAGGAUUUUUUCUCCUGAAAAGAAUCACUCCAUGAGCAGAAAGCUGCUCACCAAGGUGGAGGGAAUGUCCAAAUUUGCAACCAUAGGGUGGGAGUUCAAGAGGACUGAGAGGCAGUCCAAGGAGAUGGGUUUUAUCCAGGGCACCAUCCCCUACCUGGGCAUCUUUCUCACUGACCUGAUGAUACUGGACAAUGCCAUGAAGGACUAUUUUUAUGUGAGUGAGCCUGGGCCAGAGGCAGGGGAACAGGUUUCAGGGAAAGAGCCUUUGGCUGACCCCUCACCUCCAGCACUCCUGAGAGCCACACGUCACCCAAUUGCUGCCAGGCCCCGAACACAGAGUGCAAUACCAAGCCCUGUGACCAGCUCAAGUGUGACAACAAUUUCAGCAGUGGGUAGGUACAUGGGUGACCAAUUCUGCAUGAACUCAACUGGGUCCUCUAGCUCAGACAUACAAUGGAUCAACAUGAGCUGUAUCCUGGAGUCUCCUGAUGGCCAGGAAAAGGUGACUUUCCAUCCUUUCACUCCUCUUCAAGGUGCCAGCCUUGUCCACUCAAUGUCCAGACAAGGGGACCAGAAGCCCCAGCUCCUGAAGACAGCUUCUAGAAUCCCUAGAGGUGGCUCCCAGGCUGGAGUGCCCUGCGGGGUCUGGACAUCUGAUAUUGCUGUUUCUCACAGCUCUGGAAGUUGGCCUCUUAGUCAUCCUCUUAGUCUUCCACCUCGAGCAACCCUCCUUGGUGCCAAACUCCAGCAAGACUGCAGCCACCACUAG